GCCAAGCGCCGCGCACGCCGUCGCAAAACGCGAGCUCCGCGGAGCGUGCGCCCAGCGCGCCUGCCGUAAAGCGAGGCGGACAGGAUGGCUGCGCGCUGGGCGCUCGGUGUGGGUAGCGCCUGGGUGCGCGGUCUGCUCGGCUGGGCGCAGCCGGAGAGGUGGCUGGCAUCCAGUAGCCUUCGUCCUCUGUCAUGCGACCACACAAGUACAUAUCUGCAGAAACCUGUGAAGUGGGAGAAAAAGAACAGGGUUGUUUACCCUCCACAGCUCCCUGGAGAACCUCGCAGACCAGCUGAAAUAUAUCACUGUCGGAGGGAUAUAAAAUACAGCCAUGAAAAGAUGUGGUAUCUUGCCAAACUGAUAAAAGGAAUGUCUAUUGAUCAGGCUCUUGCUCAGCUGGAAUUUAGUGAUAAAAAGGGAGCAAAGGUGAUCAAAGAGGUUCUGUUAGAAGCACAGGACAUGGCAGUAAGAAAUCACAAUGUUGAGUACAAAUCAAAUUUACAUAUAGCUGUGUCAGCCACGGGCAGAGGCCGCUAUGCGAAGAGGAUUCGUUAUCAUGGCAAAGGCAUGUUUGGCAUCAUGAAGAUCUCCAGGUGCCAUUACUUUGUGAAGUUGGUGGAAGGUCCCCCUCCUCCUCCAGAGCCACCAAAGACUGGUUUUGACCAAGCGAAAGAAUACGUGCAGCAACUGCGAAACAGAACCAUUGUUCACACGCUGUGACAAACUUUUGUGACUAGAUAGGUAUUUCUUGUUUGACAAUGUAAGUAUAUAAAAGAGCAAUUAAAAUCAUCUUUUAGUUACAUCUCUGGUGCUGCUGGGGCUGGAUUACUGAAGAAUCAUCACAGACUUUUUAUUUAGUUGUCACGCCAUGGGUUCGGGAGAAUCUUGCAAAAGCAGCAUCAGAUGAUACUUUUACUGCGGUUUUUUGGGCCACAACAUUCAAGCUCUACCCAGGAAUAUCAAAUGUAGAGCAUAUGAUGCCGUUACAAAGCUUGUAGGAAACUCUGGUUGUCCUCAGAUCCACACAGCUGUCUGUGCUGUAUGGUUGUGUCUUCUGUGAAAGUGUGCUUGACAGUCAUGCUGCAAAAUCAAGACCUGGACUAAAACUUGCUAUCUCAAAAUAGCUACAACGGCAUAACGAAACAAGUGAGAGUAACGGUUGAGAUUAUCAGGCUUCGAUUUAUGCUUUCUUUAUCUGGUAUGCUCUUUCUUUACAGCCUUCUGUUGUGCAUCGUAGGUGGUAUGUCUGUGAGUGGGGAAUAAAAAACUGGUUUAAAGCUCAGUCUGUGGCAGUCGGUAGGUGGCGAUGUUUAGUUUGUCAGAGGGAAGCGGCAGUGAAAACUCGCAGCGCGUUGAGACUGCUCUUGAUUCUGACCGUGGCAUUGAUAGUCUGAUGUGUGCACGGAGUUCAGGCUCCUCUCUGUGGAAGCUCGGUAAGGGCAACAGGCACAAUAUGGACAAGAGCUUGUCUUGGUGAAGAGUGCACCAGCUAAUCUCCACUGUCUGGAAACAAAUUGCUUUUGUAAUGUGGAGGCAAGUAAAAUGCUCUGUGGAUUUAAUAUGGAAUGGCUUAUUGUAUAUACAAAUCAGACUUCCAGUUCUCUGAAAACAAUGCCUUUUUUCAUUACUCUUUUUAAGAGAAAAAGACUGAGGUUAGUAGGAGGAAUCUCAUUUCACUCAGAUCAUGAACAUCAACAUGAAAAGAAUCAGCAGUUGCUUGUUUGUGCAAAUGGCUGAAACUUAGACCUUUCUUUUCUAUUCUGGGAACAUUAGGCUGUAUUCUAGAGACGAAUUGCUUACUUCAUUUGAGUCUUGGUAUCACACCAACUAGCAGUAAUCUUUCUGACAUGUCUUUGCUUUGGUAUUUGAGUGAUGGUGAAGGGACAGUUUCAGUAAAGAAAAGUUACUUUGCUGACUUUAAAA